CGACGAGAAGACUCCCCCGUGCAGGAUCAACCCCUUGACGACAUUCCCAUGACCAAAGUCACAUCCAGACCCCCCGCCCCUCUACGCAAUCGCGGUACCAACAGGACUAAUGACACGACUACGUCGGCGCUCUCCCGUGUUAGGACUUUGCUCGUCCCCGACAAGCCUGUCGCCGCAGCACCAGGUGUCUUGAAAUCUCUCCGCUCCAUAAUACUGGCCUCGUACCUUAAUAUUCUCCUCGUUUUCAUUCCUAUUUCUUGGGCCUUCCACUUCACCAAGCAGUCGGACACACUCACCUUCGUUUGUGAGUGCUUGAGCUUGCUGCACCGUGCUUGCUGAUGCGCAGGGUCCAAGUCUCGUUUCUUUCCAUCAUACCGCUUGCCAAAGUGCGCUUCUUCUGCGCCGCAUAUUCCCCCCUUAUCCUUCUUAACAGCUCCUUGCAUUUGCGACGGAUGAGCUUUCAAUGCGCGUGGGCCAA